GGGCUUCAGCAACGAUAUCCGGGCAUUAGGGUCUUCUACAGAUCCCAUGAGCCGCAGGGGCCACUGUUUUGUGCGGAAGAGGGUUUUUUUGCAAAAUAUAAAAAGCGUGUUUGUUAGUGGCUUACAGUGUCGUAUCGUCAAGUGAAUUGGACAUUUUCAAGUUAAAGAUGUGCAACGGCUGUGUGCACAAAGAAUACCCGGACCGGGGGAACACUUGUCUGGAGAAUGGCUCCUACCUGAUGAACUACCUGGGCUGUGCCAAGUGCAAACAGAGGGACUUUGUGCUCAUCAGCAAUAAAUCCACAGAGGAUGAUGAUGGAGAGGAGAUCGUCACAUAUGACCAUGUUUGCAAAAAUUGUGACCAUGUUGUUGCCAGGCACGAAUAUACUUUCUCCGUGGUUGAUGAAUACCAGGAGUACACCAUGCUCUGCAUGCUGUGUGGAAAGGCAGAGGACUCCAUCAGUGUGUUACCAGAUGACCCCAGACAGUGUGCACCUCUCUUCUAGAUCUCUACCUUGGAGGUCACGAUUCACUUUUUGAUCCAGUAUCACCACCACGGAUGUGUUGCUGGCUGCUGGCGUCGGUGUUCACACACGUUUUUUAUCAUCCAUUCAAGGUUUUAUGCACAUCUUAAAUUAAGUACACCAUAUUUUAAGUACUUGGCUGUUUGUAAACUACUGUGUGCUGAUAUCAGUUGAGCAAGACGUAUAACUUUUUAUUUUACUCCAUGACACAACAAAUAUCCUGUAUGUGAAUUGAAAAUGUACUGUAAAUAAACACGUGUUUCCCAAAAAGCUAUAAUUUGACAUUU